AUGGCUAAUGACUUUUAUGUUACCUACUCAAAGAAAGUAGGAUUUGCAACUAAGAUAAGGACGACAACAUAUGACAAGAUCACAAAGAUACCCGUUAACCAAGCUAUCCACUGUAAUCGCGACGGGUUCCGUGGGUCUCGUGUCAAAGCACCAACGCGGAAGAAUACAAUUUCAGCUGCUGGGUGCAAGGCAAGAAUAUAUGUCAAGUUUGAUAAAAACAUGCAGGACUGUGUUUUGUUCAAGGUUGAGUUGAGGCACUCGCAUCCAUGUUCAGCGAGAAAGGCAGUGCACAACCAUGAGUAUAGGCAGCUGACCAUGCAUGCGAAGUGCGUGAUCGAGGAUAAUGAUGAGGCUGGGAUUCGACCAAAUAAGACAUUCCUAACUUUGGCAAACGAGGCUGGGGGUCCGUCUAACAUGGGAUUCUCAGAAAAAGAUUUAAGAAAAUAUAUAACAGCAAGGCUCCAAACUAGCAAUGUGAAUGCGGAUGUCAGGGAGAUGAUGAGCUAUUUCAUAAGAAUGAAGGACAUCAAUCCGAACUUCUUUUACGCGGUGAAGUUGGAUGAAGAGUGUAAAUUUAGGAGUGCAGUAUGGGUGGAUGCAAGGUGUAGGACGUCGUAUGAAUACUACGGAGACGUCGUGUCAGUUGAUAGCACCUACAGUACAAAUAGGCAUGGAUUACCAUUUGUGUCGUUCGUUAGGGUCAACCACAAUGGUAAGUCGACCCUCCUCGGUUAUGCUUUGCUGGGGAAUGAGGAAAUUCCAAGUUAUGAGUGGGUUUUCAGCAAAUGGGUGAAGUGCAUGGGAACUGCUCCACAAUAUCUUUUUGAUGACCGAUGCAUGUGGGUCCCCAUAUACUUCAAGGGUGAAUUUUGGGCUGCCAUGAGGAGUACGCAAAGGAAUGAGAGCAUGCACGCAUUCUACGGUGGAUUCUUACACAGUAAGACUAGCUUGGUUCAAUUUGUUCACGAAUAUCACAAUGUGCUUGGAAUCAAAGAGCAGAGGGAAUUGGAGGAUGAUGCUGCAGACUCGAGAGGGGUUAUCCCUUGUGCAAUGAGCUCGCCUAUGGAGAGACAAUUUCAGCAAGAGUAUACUACCAUCAUGUUUAGGGAUGUUCAAACUGAGUUCGUGAAGAAGGCUGAUUGCAGAGUCUCUGUAGUUGCUGAACAGGGACCAUUGGUGUGCACGAAGGUGGAAGAGGAGAAAUUAGUCAACGAUACUAUUCUCUACGUUCCAUACGAUGUACACUUUGACCGUUCCUCACAGGAGAAAGUACCUAUCUGUUAUGUUCUCCCUCGAUGGAGCAAGAAAAUCAAGCGCAAGCAUACGUAUGUCAAGAGUAGCCAUGAUGUCAGUCGGUCAGAUGAGAGUCAUGUUGCAUUCAGGGGACUGUGUACACACUUUUAUAAUGUUGCUCAAGAGACCGUCGGUGACGAUAACGAAAUAGCAUUGUUGCAUGCUGCUAUGGAAGAAACAAGGGCCAAGUUGGCUGUGCACCGUGCUAAGAAGAUGUCUGAGAGCGUGUGA